AUGGCUGGAACGGAAAUUAUAACAAAUAGUGAAAGUAAUGAUCAAUUUUUUGAGGGUGUCGAAAAGUUAAUCGAAAUUUGGUUUACGCCGGUAAAACACGCGGACCUCCGAAAAAUUACUCGCCAGCAAUGGGAGAAUGUAUUGAAGAUAGUCCGCUGUGAAAUAAUUUCUUUCACACAGAGCGAGCAAGUUGAUGCCUAUGUUUUAAGCGAAAGUAGCAUGUUUGUAUCCCGUCGUCGCUGGAUCCUCAAGACGUGCGGCAAAACGACACCCCUUCGCUGCCUGCGUGCAGUGUUGCAGCUAGCACAAGAGGCUGCGGGACAUUCUCGCGUGCAGAACGUUUUCUACUCGCGUAGGGAGUUCGCUAGACCUACAGCACAGUUGAAGCCGCACGAUAACUUUGAUUCAGAGGUGGAGCUGCUGGAUUCAUUCUUCGGAGACGGUCGCGCGUACAUCAUGGGCCCGGAGAAGGAUUGCUGGUAUCUUUACACGCUCUUACCUCUAGAGGGUACAGUAGAUGCACUGGAGAAGGAACAGCAAGAGAGUGUCGGGUGUGGGACGUCGGAACCCGACCAGACUAUAGAGAUACUCAUGUCGGACCUCGACCCUGAGGUGAUGGACAUCUUCACACGAGCCUCUUCAUCAAACGCUGCUGAAGCCACCAAGGCGUCAGGAAUAGACAAACUUAUUCCCGGAAUGGCGAUAGACGACUACCUGUUCGAUCCCUGCGGGUACUCUAUGAAUGGCGUCGCUAAAGAUAGGGAGCUGGAAUUACCAUCUGGCUGCUACAUGACGAUCCACAUCACGCCCGAGGCGCAGUGCUCGUACGUGUCGUUCGAGAGCAACGUGGCGUGCGCCAGCUACGAGGCGCUGGUGGCGCGCGUGCUGGCCGCCUUCCGCCCCGCCAGGUUCCUGGUCACGGUCUUCACUACGCCGGACUCGCCGAGCGCGGACGCGUCCCGCCAACUGAAAAAGUUCUCGCUGAACAGCUACGAGCAGAAGGACGCGCAGCACUGCCGCUUCUCCGGCUACGAGCUGCACUACGCGCUGUACGCCAAGUUCCCGAGC